AUGUCGCCCACGGAUGAGCCGUGCGUGUGUGUCUCGUACAAGAACAGCCACUAUUUCGUACCGGUGGAGUUCAUCCUGCGCGUGCACCCAGGCGGGCGGCAACUUAUUCUGCAGUACGUGAACCAAGACAUCACGCAGGCGUUCGUGGACGCGAGGCACUCCGAUAUGGCAGUGCAGCUCCUGGAGCAGUGGAUGGAGGGUUCUCCGGCAGGUCCGCGACGGCUCACGCCAUCUGCUGCUGCCACGGAGGCACCACUGAAUGGACAUGGCAGUGAGGGCCUCUGUGGGCAGCUGAUCUGGAACGCGUUGGUGUUCGGCAUCGCCGGCGCCAGCGUCACAGCAGCAGUGCUCUGUCGUCGGUAA